AUGAACAUGAAAGACACUUGUUGUUGCAUGUUCUUUGUGUUGUUUUUCUUAUGUUUCUCCAUAAACAAUAAUCUAUCAGAAGGAGCUGAUAGCAUCACAGCGAACCUAUCUCUCUCUGGAAGCCAGACUAUUGUCUCUUCUGGUAACACAUUUGAACUGGGAUUCUUCAAUUUAGGUUCUCCUUCCAGGUAUUAUAUUGGAAUAUGGUACAAAAAUGUUAGUCAAAGGACCAUAGUUUGGGUAGCUAAUAGAGAGACACCCAUUUCGAAUACGAGUUCUGCAGAACUGAAAAUUUCAGAAGGUAAUUUGGUGCUUCUGGAUUCCCAGGUUUCGUUUUGGUCCACCAGUGUAAGCUCGACAACCUCAAAAUCUGUGGUGGCAACUCUAGGUGAUGAUGGGAAUUUAGUUUUGAGAGAUGGGUCAAAACCUACGUCGACUGAAAGAUUUUGGCAAAGUUUUGAUAACCCAACAGAUACUUUUUUACCUGGUGGAAAACUUGCCUAUGACAAACGUACAAACGAAAAGCAGAUCCUCACUUCUUGGAAAAAUUCUGAGGAUCCUUCACUUGGGCCUUUCUCUCUUGAGCUGAAUCCCAAUGAGAGUCAGUAUGUUAUAACACGGAGUAGGUCUAGAAAGUACUGGACUAGUGGAGCUUGGAAUGGGCAUAUUUUCAGUUUAGUCCCUGAAAUGAGGCUGAAUUAUAUCUUUAAUUUUAGUUAUGUAGAUAAUGUUAAUGAGACUUAUUUCACUUAUUCUCUUUAUAAUUCUACAAUUAUAUCAAAAUUGGUGAUGGAUGUUUCCGGGCAAAUUAAGCAGAUAUCAUGGUCGGAGCAAACGAAGGAGUGGAAUUUGUUUUGGUCUCAGCCUAGGCAGCAAUGUGAAGUGUAUGCUUAUUGUGGGGAAUUUGGUAUCUGCAAUCAGAAUUCAUUGCCUUUCUGUUCUUGUUUGCCGGGAUUUAAGCCGAAGUCGGAGUAUCAUUGGAACUUGACCGAUUUUUCAGAUGUGCGGAGUGCUGGAGAAUGUGAAUCUAUAUGCUUGAAUAUUUGCUCUUGUACAGCUUAUUCUUACAAUGGCAAUGAAUGCUUGGUUUGGAAUGUUGAAUUAUUAGGCUUGCAACAACUCUCGGAAGAUGAUGGCACUGGAAGAACAAUCUACAUUCGACUUGCUGCCUCUGCCCCUCAGUUUUUGAGCACCAAAAAAAAUAAAGGGGUUCCAGUAGGCGCUAUUGUGGGUUCUGUUGCUGUUGUUACGGUGCUCUUAGCCAUUGUUGGGGUCGUGAUCCGGAGACGGCGAAGGCAUAUACUUGGAACUGCAAAAGCAGUCAUGAGAUCGUCUGUAGCAUACUUGGAGUUUGGGAGAGAUAACAAGAAUGAUACCGGUGUUCCUUUCUGCAGUUGGAAAAGUAUAUUAGCAGCUACAGAAAACUUUUCAGACGUACACAAAAUAGGGCGAGGGGGAUUUGGACCUGUUUACAAGGUUUUACUAUGA